ACUAUCACCAAUCUCAUUGGCGGAUACGGGUAGUAUUGGAAAAGUUGAUCAAAUCUGGUUGAUACCUCAAUUUUACUGCACACUGCAAAAACCCAACGAAGAAAUCUUGCAGGACGAACAAUUUUGGAGGUGGGGUUUUCUUGUCAAGAAUUGAUUGCGCUGUAUAGUUUUGCAGAGAAAAAAUCGACUGAAAUCACGGAUUUUGCACCGGGAAAAAAACCAUAGCGUAGUCAAAGAUUUCACUGGAUCUUGAGAGGAAAACCCUAGAUUUGCUACUUAAAAAAGACUGAUUUUGUUCCUUUUUGAAUUUGGUGCUAGCGAUUGUAUCGCAGUGGAAUAAGUUAGAGCUUGUUUCGGGAGACGCUUUCUGGUUACUGUGAAUGAGGGGGAGGUGUGGGGGAACAAGGCGAUGAAGAGCAAAACUGCGGGGUUGGAACUACAAUGACUGGAGUGUCAUUGGAUUCAAGAACACAGAGUUAUGGAUCACCGCAGCAGCCACAGAAUGGUUCAUUGCAGACUCAAAAUGGGUUCAUUGUUCGCAAGUCUUCAAGGAUGUCGCUAUCUGGUCCGAGGGAGAAGGAUAAAUUUCUUCCCUUUUUGUGCAGAUAUCUAAGUAGAAAGAAGGUCGUAAUGCUGAUUUUAGGUUCAUUUGCCCUCAUGGCUUUCUUGACAGGGUUCUUUACCGUCAAUAGAGAAGAUGCAUCAGAGAGCACGAUCUUCAAUCACUUUGGUGAGGCAUAUAAUACAUCUUUACAGUUCUCCAGAAAAUUCGGUAGUCAGCAAGACGAUAAUUCUUCUAUGCAGACAACUCUGGCUGUAUGUGAAGAAAACCCACCUACUCGCCAUUUUUCUGCUGCAUCACUUUCUACAGAAUCGGUCUUUUCUAAUAGCAAUCUGUGUCAGAAUUUUGCAUUUCCUCCUCCUCCUCCAGGUGAUAGGAGACGGCCUGGACCUCGACCUUGUCCUGUAUGUUACCUUCCCGUGAAGCAGGCUAUGGCAAGCAUGCCGAGCUCCCCUUCAACAUCUCCGGUGCUUCAUCACUUAACUUAUUUUCAUGAGGAGAGUUCUACUAAAACUGAACCACAUGAAGGCUCCGACUUUGGUGGGUAUCCUUCCCUAAAGCAAAGGAAUGAAUCUUUUGAUAUUAAAGAAUCAAUGACUGUGCAUUGUGGAUUUGUAAAAGGAUGCAGACCUGGUUACCAAACUGGAUUUGAUAUCGAUGUAUCUGAUCUUGUGGACUUGGAGCAGUUUCAUGAGAUCAUUGUUGCAUCAGCCAUAUUUGGAAACUAUGAUGUAAUUCAACAGCCAACUAAGAUCAGCGAGGCUGCAAGUAGAAACAUCCCAUUCUAUAUGUUCAUUGAUGAAGAGACUGAAGCAUAUAUGAGAAACUCUAGUGUUUUGGACUACAACAUGAAGGUUGGAUUGUGGAGAAUUAUUGUUGUUCGUAACAUCCCUUACUCUGAUUCUAGACGCAACGGAAAGGUUCCAAAGCUUCUGCUACACAGGCUCUUUCCAAAUGUUCGGUAUUCUAUAUGGAUUGACGGGAAGUUGCAACUUGUUGUGGACCCAUAUCAAGUUCUUGAGAGGUUCUUGUGGCGCCACAAUGCUACUUUUGCUAUUUCAAAACAUUAUAGGCGCUUCGAUGUGUUCGUAGAAGCUGAAGCUAAUAAGGCUGCAGGGAAAUAUGACAAUUCCUCCAUUGAUUACCAGAUUGAUUUUUACAGAAAUGAGGGUUUAACGCCUUAUUCUGAGGCCAAACUUCCUAUAAUCAGUGAUGUUCCUGAAGGGUGCGUCAUCAUAAGGGAACACAUUCCGAUAACAAAUCUCUUCACAUGUUUGUGGUUCAAUGAAGUUGAUAGGUUUACUUCGAGGGAUCAGUUGAGCUUUGCUACUGUAAGGGACAAAAUCAUGGCUCAAGUCAAUUGGAGCGUCAACAUGUUUCUGGAUUGUGAAAGACGGAAUUUUGUGAUACAGGCGUACCACCGAGAUCUAUUAGAGCACAUGCCACCUCCUGCAAGAACAGUGAGUAACUUAAAACGCAGCCGAGUUCCUAUCCCAGUUCCUAUAUCUGCACGAGUUAACUCAUCUGCUAGGAAUUCCGCAAAGAAAAACCCUGUUCGACGUGGGAAAGGAGAGAGGAGAUCGCGGUCAAGGAGGCACCUGAAAAAUCCCAUUAACAGGGAUAACACUUUCUUUUAAUAUUUGUUUUUGUUUUUGUUUUUUAUAACAAAAGGAAUAGAAUUUGUAGUAGAAAUGAUUUUGGAUGUGUUUCUGUAGCAUAUGCUGGAUAGAGUAUAUCCCAAUUUUUGUGUUGAUACAUUCAAUUUUGAUGUAAAUACUUGGAUACCAAAUAAUCUUGAGACCCUUUCUCUCUUA